GGCCUUGAGCUCUCCUUUCUGCUACUUCUUCUAGCAGAUGUGAACAGCAAGGAAAUGCACAGUGGAAACCAGACUUCUGUGUCUCACUUCAUUUUGGUGGGCCUGCACCACCCACCGCAGCUCGGGGUGCCGCUCUUCCUGGCUUUCCUGGUCAUCUAUGCCCUCACUGUCUCUGGCAACGGGCUCAUCAUCUUCACCGUCUUGGUGGACACCCGGCUCCACCGCCCCAUGUACUGGUUCCUGUGUCAUCUCUCCUUCUUGGACAUGACCGUUUCCUCUGCCAUUGUCCCCAAGAUGCUAGCUGGCUUUGUCUUGGAUAGCAGGGUCAUCUCCUUUGGAGGCUGUGUAAUCCAACUCUUUUCUUUCCAUUUCCUGGGCUGUACUGAGUGCUUCCUUUACACGCUCAUGGCUUAUGAUCGCUUCUUGGCCAUCUGUAAGCCUUUACAUUAUGCCACCAUCAUGACCCGGAACGUCUGUAAUUACCUGGCUUUGGGCACCUGGCUGGGAGGUACCCUCCACUCACUUUUCCAAACAAGCUUCAUAUUCCGGCUGCCCUUCUGUGGCCCAAACCAGGUAGACUACUUCUUCUGUGACAUUCCCGCCAUGCUGCGUCUAGCCUGUGCUGACAUCACCGUCAAUGAGCUGGUCACCUUUGUGGACAUUGGGUUCUUGGCCCUCACCUGCUUCAUGCUCAUCCUCACUUCCUAUGGGUAUAUAGUGGCUGCCAUCCUGCGAAUCCAGUCUGCUGAUGGGCGCCGCAAUGCCUUCUCCACCUGUGCUGCCCACCUCACUGUUGUCAUUGUUUACUAUGUGCCCUGCACCUUCAUUUACCUUCGCCCUGGCUCUCAGGAACCACUGGAUGGAGUGGUCGCCGUCUUCUACACUGUCAUCACCCCCUUGCUUAACCCCAUCGUCUACACGCUCCGCAACAAAGAGAUGAAGGCAGCAUUGUGGAGGCUGGGAGGUCGCAAGGAUGUGCUGCCUCACUGA